AUGUCGGUGUUCGGGCACUCGGAGGGCCGCACGCCGUGGCACAAUCACAGCAUGGCUGAGACGGCGCGCAACAUCAGGCGCGAGCGGCAGUACAUGUACGGCUCGACCCGGGACCAUGCGCUGGUCAACGGGCCGGACCUGGACGCAGCCGCGACGGGAUCCGGAAAGGCCGGGGGCGCGCGCGAUCAGGCGAACCGGGCCAAAUACGCAAAGCAUUUGCAGUUCCCACGUCCCUGGCGCAAGGACGAGUACAAGUGGGAGACCAAGAGCGACGUCGACCUCGAGAACGUCGCGCUCGCCCAGGCCCGCAGCUCCAUGCUCGGCCCCUCCCGGCAGCGCGAACCGCCGCCCAAGCCCACCGACACCGGAGACCCCCUCCGCAGCGCCGCGUUCGUCCAGCUCCACCGCGCCGCGCACUACGACGCCUGGGUCACCGAGGGCGCGCAGGACUUCGCCACGCAGCGCCGUGCAAAACACCCCCCCAAGUUGUCCAGGGCCCCCUACGGCAUUGUGGACCCGCAGUUCCUGCAGGGCUCGGGGAGCCUCGGCCUCCCGGCGAACGCGGCGGUGGAGAGCGCGAUCGCGGCGCAGCCCAAGGUCGUGCCGCAGAAGCACCGCUCCGCGGCUCCGUUCAGUACGUUCGAGGACCUCCCGAUGGGGUCCCGCGAGGACGUGGAAUUCGAGAGCUUCAAGGCGUGGCAGAAGCAGGGCACGCGCCGCGACGCGUGGAGCCUCGCGCACCCGAAGCUGGUGGAGGGCGCGCGGCCGCUGCGGGGGUCGCAGCCGCGCGCGCAGGCGUCCGCGGCGCGCCCGACCGUCGCGGACGCGCUGCAGUGGACCGUGACGGCGAAACAGACGCUCCGGUCGCACGUGCGGACGCUCCAAGCGCAGGAGAAGGCGCAGGACGUUGCGCUGGCGAUGGUGCGCGAGGAGGUCAAGGCGCGGCUGCGCGGGCAGCAGAUUCGCGGGGAGGGCGGGGAGGCGCAGGCGAGUCCGGAGCGGCGGCGGCACGGGCGCAUUCCGGCGCCGCGGGAGCAUCGCAUCGUCGGGGCGACGCGCCUGGACCCGGUGGUGGGCGUUGCGAACCCGCGGGAGGGGAAGUGGGUGCGCGGGAUCUGGGAGGCGGCCGAGGCGGUGUCGGGCGCGCGGUAG